GCCUAUGAAUCGGCUGGGUACGGAACGCAGACGGUUCAUUUGUCCCCUCUCCAUAUCUCGCUCGGGUAAAAAAUAGGAAGUUUCUUCGUUCAGUUUCUAAGUGCACCUGCUUUCUCCGUGGUUCAGUGGCGUUGUGGCGCUCAGCUUAUCGAGACUAUAACUACCUUUUGACUAACCCAAGAAGGACUGUUGACACACACACACAGAAAGCAAAAGUCGAAGCGGCGGUGAAUGACAUUAUGUCAAAUGGACCAGAGGACGUUCUGAAGAGCCCUGCGUCAGGUAUCCAGUUCGCCUCGCUUGCUGGAGUACGAGUGCACCGUCCGCCCGUCCUGCCGCUCAAGUCUAUGUAUGUACCACAGCCAGUGGACCUGUAUACUUAGCCGUUCCCCAAGCACUUUGUACCUUUGACUGCGUCCUGUUGUACCGUGUCAUUUCUGAGUAGUUGUGUGGCCACCUAGCCAUUUGACACCAGAGCGACCAAUACGUCGUUAUCAGUUGUCGCAUCUCUGUAGUGUGAGCGAGGCGGAUCCACCAGUUGACUAUCCGACGAAACAGAGUGGCCGAGCAGAUACAGGACGGCACGGACUAACACAGUAACAGUAGCGCCUGGUGACAGGAAGGACAAGUCCGUGCCAGUACUGGCCCCGUUGGCGGGAAAGAUGACGUCUCGUUUCGACUCGGGUUCGAGGUUCGAAAGGAACUCGGUGCAGCUGGUCGCAAGAGAGUCGUCUGUGCGGGUUUGUGUUUUGCUGGCGGCGUGCCUGCUCAGUUUCUGUCAAGCCUUGGAGGAGCAACGGAUAGCCACAGUUGAAGCCCAUGCAAGAUACGAGGAACUGGACAGAUUUGUUCCGCGGCGAGUGGAACUGCCAUCAGCUGACGACUCGAGUCUCACGCCGGAAGCUGCUCGCCAACUUCUCCACCACAAACUACGAAGAGCUGGAGCAGGAGAGCAAUGGCAGGAGCCAACUCACGAUCCCGUCAUUCAUUACCAAUUCCGUGCGGUGAACACAACCUUCAGACUCCUGCUAUGGCAACAGGAUGAGCUACAUGCACACAUUGGCGACGGCGGAGAGCAACGGAAUAAUGUCAAUGGCAACUGCCAUUAUGUUGGCAUAGCAACCAGUCAUCCUGGCUCCACUGCCACGCUUAGCACAUGUGGUGGGGCAUUGCAAGGCCGCAUGCGGACAGCCACUGGUGAUUUUCUGCUGGAGGCCAGCGCAGAUCAUGUUGGAGCCGAGCCCGUCCACAGGCUGUUGCGUCGGUCAGCAGCUCCACGUCUGGGCGGGCAAGAGCGUGCUGAGCAACGCCAGCAAUCCGAGCGCUUCUGCGGCGUACCAGAUACUGUACCUCUCCGUGAAGGCACACAGCAGCAGGAGGAUCAACAGCGUGAGCGGAGAGCUGCCGAAAGUCAGUUUGGUGACCUGGACAGUCAGCGUCACUGUGCCAAGAUCCUGGUCGUCGUCGAUCAGGAAAUGAUGCAGAGGCAUGUGAAAUCCUUGCCACGCAAUUCUGGGGGCAGAGACGGGACUAUGUCAGACAUGCAACGGACACUGGAUGUCACGGGCACAAUUAUGAAUGUCGUCAAGGGGUUGUUCCACGACAAGAGCCUUGGCAGCACGGUGGAUUUCCACGUGAUGAACAUUGUGAUCACAAACAGCAGCGGUCCCCAUCGCCUGCACCUCUCCUCAUCCAUGUCUGCCUUCACCAUGCUGGACACGUUCUGUGGCUGGCAGGACAGCUUGCCGAUGCGGGUGCGCCGGGGAGCGGACCAUGCCGUCUUGCUGACCGGGCUUGAUUUGUGCUCAAUGGAAGCUGACAAUCGCCGACGAACGGACCGCAAAUGCAACAUUUUAGGUAUGGCUGGAAGAGAGACGUGGUGUGAUCGCAGUGAUUCGUGCAGCAUUGCCGAGUACAACGGGUUGGCCAGCGCCUUCACCGUGGCCCACGAGAUUGGCCAUGGGCUUGCCAUGAAUCAUGAUGACGAGGCGUCUCGGUGCUCUGACAACCGUGGCAUCAUGGCGCCCAGUGCAACGGCGAGUACUGACUUCUUCCGCUGGUCUCAAUGCAGUGCUGCGCAUCUCCGGACCUUUCUAAGAAUAAAGCGCCACUUGCCCAAGUUCUGCAUGCUGAACUGCCCACGCCGGUCACCAGAGCAGCACGACAUCCUGCCAGGAAGGGACUUCAACGUGGACGAGCAGUGUCAGAUGCUGAGAGGCAACACCAGCAGAUUCUGCAGAGUGCCUUCGCGAAGGGCGUUGAAGCAAGUCUGUAAGCAGCUUCUAUGUCAGCACGGUGUGCGAGGCACAGCAUGCAAGGGUAGCUAUACACCAGCGGCGGAUGGUACCCCAUGCGACAGGCGCAAUCCAAAGAAGCAAUGUUUCCGUGGGGAGUGCAAAGUCAUGGAGCUGCCCGAGGUUGAUGGCAACUGGUCCAGCUGGGGAACGUGGACACGCUGCUCUCGAACAUGCGGAGCUGGCGUCUCUGUUAGGAGGCGGACGUGCACUAACCCCAGACCGCGUAACGGUGGUAGCAGCUGUCCAGCAAGUGACAAGGAUGAAGAAGCUGUAAUUUGCAAUAGAAUGCCUUGUCCCCUUCACAGCAUUGACUUCAGGGAGCACCAGUGCAAGCCGGCCAAGAUGGCACUGUUUCCACCAAAUAGAGGUGCAUGUGACCUGGUGUGCUCGGGAGACCCGACGGAGCGGGAAGACCAGCGUGACGAUGUGCGCUACGUGGGAGAGGUUGAGGAUGGCACACCAUGCAAUCACUCACUGGGACAGGACAUCUGCAUUGCUGGACAGUGCGUGGCUAUUGGCUGUGAUCAGCAGCUGAGCUCCACGCGCAGGUUUGAUCGGUGCAUGGUCUGCGGUGGCAAUGGCACGUCCUGCACGGCGGUGUCCGGUGGGGCGCACAUCAACAUGAAGAAGUCCCAGUCGCGCUACAAGAAUAUCCAGAAUCACGUUUACGAGAGUCUGCAGAUGUUACCAAUCGGGACGGUUAACGUUAUCUUCAAGGAAACCAGUUCUCCCAAGGACGAUGACUUCGUGUUGGAGGCGGUCAGCAACCGUACGCACGCAGAACUCAUUGCCCUUCACCAGCGACCACCACGUCAUUCCUGCCGCUGGUUCCACGGCGCUGGCACUCGCAUGAGCCUCUGUGUGGAUGGCGCUGGUCGACAGACUCUGCACAUCGUCGGACCGUUGCGUGAGCCCGUCAUGCUCAAGAUUCGCAUGCCGAAAAAGCUCCGCAAGCGCAUUUCCGUGACAUACGUCUUCCACGGCGCCAGUGUGGUGCUGGAGUGCCGUGAGCGUUACUUCUGGAAAGACGAGGAGCCAGGUCCGUGCUCCAAGCAAUGCGGGCAAGGUCUGCAGGUAGUGUCUACACAUUGCGUACAGGACUGCGGUGCCUGGUCCAAGCCAGUCAAGAGUAGCAAGUGCUUCCCACAGCCACGGCCCAAUGUCACGUUCAAACUGUGCAACACACACCCGUGCAAGCCCAGGUGGACAGCCUUGCGGCAGAUGCCGUGCAAUGCAACCUGCGGUGGAGGUUGGGAGCGUUACAACGUCCUGUGCAGGCAGAGGAUCUCGGGCAGCAUUGACCGCACAGUACCGCCGGGCAGCUGCCCAUCGCGCAAGAAGCCGAGUGACAUAGUCGCUUGCAACGUCCAUAACUGCAUUGGUUCAUGGGUGGUUGACAAAUGGACUGAGUGCGAGAUGGCGGAGAGAAACUGCGGACAGGGCGUGCGCCGUCCCAUCGUGCGAUGCGUGAACUUCGGCAAUGGCCGACCAUUUUCUGACGUGCAGUGUGGCCCACUGCCCAGCAAUCUGCAAGCACAGGUCUGCUUCGGACCGCCGUGCGAUAAUCUACACGAGACACCACGAUGGAGGGUAGCAUCGAUCUGGACGGAUUGUGAUGCUGACUGUGGACGCGGACACCAGACACGCAACAUCACCUGCAUGCAUCACAACGGUGUACUGGGACUACCAGACAGGGCGUGCACCUAUCACAAGCCCAGCAGCAUACGCGGCUGCAUCGGCACUAACUGCAGUCCUAAUGAGUGUCGAGACACCAUGGGAACACUGUGUGCUGAGGCGUUCAAGAAAGGCCGCUGCACCAGCAACUACUGGAGUACCCAGUGCUGCAGGACGUGCGGACGGCUGAAAACCUCGCCGCCGUUGACUUGAACGGGAAAGCGACUGCGACCAUCCAUCUUUCUCAUUCACAAUGCAUAGAUAGCAAUUUGCCGUCCUCGUCAAGAAUGGACCUAACUCCUUGUCAUUUGCAAAACUAAUGAGAAUAAUAACUAACACUAGCUGCUUUCCCAAAUUGAUUAACCCAGCUAACACUGUGCUAAUGUUCAAAAUUGAUAACUGAUCUUCUUAAGUGUUAAUUUGCACCAUCCUGGUCUUGACAGUGGAGGAUAAAAAUAGCGGCAUUCAGAAAUAACGACCCACGAAUGUGUACCUUUAUAAUCAUCCAGCCAUUAUAAUCAUUGAACAAGAUCCCGGAUCACUUGACACAGCUCAUAUAGUGCAUUAUUUGCAUGCGCAUUGUUUGCAUGACCUUGAAAUAUCUUGGGACUCAGUGGGCACAUUGAAAAAAGACUCCACAUAUUGUGUCUGUCGUCCACCACAAUAUUAUCAUAAAGCCAUGGUACUACUAACUAUUUUUUAAGAUAAAACAUCUACUUCGAAGUAAGAAAGUUACCAUAUGUAAUUUUCGAUUCAUUUUUUAACUAAAAUCACAUUGCAAAUUACCUAUGUGCAUCAAGAUAUUCACAGAUACUCUCAUUGACAUGACUGCACGGUGGAGACAA